AUGAUGCGAUGGACACGUUUGCUGCAGGGUGCUCACAGAGGUGCACUGCGCGCUUUGAUACCUUAUCCACAUAAUGAGAUGAAUCCCGUCGUUUUUUUGGACAUCACUGUUGAGGGAGAUGCACUGGGUCGGGUAACUAUGGAGUUAUUCCAUGACACUGUACCCAAAACCACGGAAAACUUUCGUUCGCUUUGCACUGGUGAACGCGGUAGUGGCCAAUGCCCCUUGUUCUACAAAGGGAUUCCAUUCCACCGAAUUAUUCCUGGAUUUAUCGUGCAGGGUGGUGACAUAUUGGCAAAAGACGGUCGUGGCAAUGUUAGUGUGUUUGGGUAUCCUUUUCCAGACGAGAGCUUCGAGGGAAAGGCGGGAAAACAUCUUCCUGGUACUGUGGCUAUGGCUCAUAGUGGACCCAAUCAAAAUGGUUCUCAGUUCUUCUUCAAUUUAGGGCGGAAUGAACAUUUGGAUAAAAAGUUUGUUGUCUGUGGCCAAGUACUAGAAGGGUGGGAUGUUGUUGGACGAGUAGCUGCAUUGUGUGGUUCACGCUGUGGGACACCAGUGAGCCGCGCGUGGAUUACGGAUUGCGGACAGAGUGGAGGCGCAAUGUUUGCAGAGACAGAAGAGGCUCUGUCUGGAGAGCGGGCUUUACACGCAAUGCCUGGGAAAGAGGUUCUUGACCUUAUUUCUCCACGGUAUUAG